UGAGAAGUUCUCGGUGUUUGAGGGAGCCUCCGGAGGUAGUGGCUGAGGGCACCCUCAUUUUCAUAUCUUAGCAAAUAGUUUAUCUGUUUGUUCUUUUAUUUCUUGUGCCUUCUGUUAGUGACCCCUCGAUUUUAACCCCAUACUAUUUUUGCAGGUAUCCCAGUGAAUAUGAUGAACGUCAAAGGCCUUGCUCGAUUCAAAAACAAGCCGGCCAAGGGUCCGAAGGGGUCGGACGCGGGCGGCCAAAAGCCCGUCGGUGCGCUUUUCAAGGAGCCCGAGGGCGAUGCUGCUGCCGCGAAGAGGAAACCGACGGCAAAGGAGUCCCCCAGGCCACCAAGAGAUCGAAGAAGGGGGACGCCGCGAAGAAGGACCCUCCGAUGGUGAUCAUGGAUGAUUGCCCCGCCUCCGGGGUGCACGAGGAGAUGUCGGUGGCGAAGGUGCCGAGGGGUGUCCGGGAGCCAUCUCUUGAGGUUCUUACGCUCUCCCUCCCGGCUGGUACGGCCGUGUUGAAUGGCACUGCUGACCCGAGGGCGCUUCUAAGAGGUAUAACCCUCGGUAUUGAUAGGGCAGCCCUCGGGGCCGAUGACGACCAAGCCCUCGAGGACAGGAUCCUCCGGUCUUCCCUCACGACCUGUAUUGCCCUCGGAGAGCAGGCCCGACGGCUGGAGGAAUGGCGUCUCCACAAAGCUGGGCAAGACGCAAAGAUGAAGGAGCUCAUUCUCAAGGACUCCAAGGC